GCUUCAUACACGGGAAUACAGAAGGAUGAAUCAUACAAGGAGCAGGAAAAUUUGUAGCUGUCUUUGCGGUCACAUUUACGUGAAUGGGUUUUUUAUAUCAAUUUUAUAUUUAGCUUGGGGAAUGUAAUCUCAAACCAUUUUUUCCUUCAUAAUUCAUUUCAAGAAAAACUGCAAAAUGACGAGAAUGAACAGCGAGGCAAAUGCCAGGCGAAUUACCAUGGUCGAGAGCUGCUUUGGUAGUUCCGGGCAGCCACUUGCUGUUCCAGGCAGGGUUUUGGUUGGAGAGGGCGUCCUAACCAAAAUGUGCCGCAAGAAGCCAAAAUCGAGGCAGUUUUUCCUUUUCAACGACAUCCUCGUCUACGGCAAUAUUGUCAUCAAUAAGAAAAAGUACAACAAACAGCACAUUAUUCCUUUGGAAGAAGUGAAGCUUGAGUCUUUAGAGGACGACUCUCAUUUUCGCAAUGGAUGGUUAAUCAGAACAGCAACUAAGUCUUUUGCGGUGUAUGCAGCGACGGCUACUGAAAAACAGGAGUGGAUGGCACACAUAAACAAGUGUAUUGAAGAUCUGCUUCGUAAAAGUGGAAAGAAAGCUGUUGAGGUGCAUGCUGCUGUUUGGGUGCCAGACUCUGAGGCUUCCGUUUGCAUGCACUGCAAACGUACUCAGUUCUCCAUGCUUAACAGAAGGCACCAUUGCCGCAAGUGUGGCUCUGUGGUGUGUGGACCGUGCUCGAAUAAACGCCUCAUGCUGCCCAGCCAGUCGUCCAAGCCCUUGCGUGUGUGCCUAAACUGCUUUGACACCCUUUCAAAACAGAAGUCCGAGCACGCUGGCACACCAGACAAAACAGACGCUUUUAAAGAGCGAAGUGGUUCUGCUGACUCUUCAGGAGAGGAGGACUCUUCAGGCGAGGAGGACAACAGCAGGCCGCAAGACGAACCAGGACAGGACGUAGUGUGGCCCUACAACUUUUGAGUCCAGUAAAUUUUUAUUUAAGACAAGCCCAAAUUUUAUGGCUAACCAAGCUGAAGGUGCAUUCCAUUUGGAGGCUGUUGCAUCUCUUUGAACACUUGAAAUGGACGAUUGAUUAUUAUUAUUAUUAUCAUUGUGUAUUUCACACUCGCAAUUACCUACAGAAGGUAACCUACUUUUGAUUAAUUUUUUCUCAUGAUACUUCAAUAUUUUGCUGUGCUAUACACUUAAAGGUUUGAGUUUUUUUUUCAUUGGCACAAAAUUAUUUGAGCUGCAGUUUCAUGACACGAUAUUCCAUUGACCGAAGACUUCCAAAUGAAUCUCUGUUUUAAUUUGUUGUAAAUGAAGAUUAAAUGAUGGCAGAAUGUGUAGAUGUCUACCAUAUUACAAAACAAAGGAUUAAUAAAAAAGCUUGUUAGUACACAGGGUUGUAGUUGUGUUUGGAAGAAAAGUGCCUUGUUCUAAAAACUUAUUGGCAAAUAUUUUUCCCUUUUGUU